UUGCGUUGUUUCUGUCAUCUGACUCUUUCUUUUCCUGUUGGGAAAAAAAAGUUACUAAACCCCACCCUCUUCUCUGACUGUAAGCACAGACGUAGAGUGGUUCGAGAACCGGACGAGGGAAGACUGCUAAAGGAACAUGAUAACAAAUGUAAUGCAUCUAUCGUGAUGUUUUUUGGACAUCGAUAAUAACAACGAUCUUGUAGCUUGGCACAAAGGUAUCGUUACCCACGACGGACAAUACUUUAUUGUUUUUUGGUCUGCGUUUCUCUUUAAAAUGUGAACUACAAGGCAGGUUUGUACAGCUCUUCCUGUUGCCAGCUCGGUGGAUAUAAAGUUCUUAUUGAAAAUACAAACAAUUGAGACAUUGUACAUCCACAUCGGGCGAGACUGCAAAUAUGGAUACAGUUUGGCUAACGGAUGUGGAAUUUGUUGACAGAACACAUACGUUUCAGCAAGAUACUGUUUUUCGUGCUGUGGGUUUAAGUCAAGUUGGUCAGUUUUGAAACUUGCCGUAAAGCACGGGGUUCGCAGGACUGAAUGCUCCUUUCCUGCUAUUCUUCUCCUCUUCUCAGGGCUUCCUGCUUAUGGUGGUCACGGCACUUAAUGGCUAAAAAUACAGAAAACUCAAAACGGACAGCUAAAUGGAGUUAAACUCCUCCGUUGCUGUUAGUAUUGACCGUGGUUCUGAAUAUUCUACAACCACCUGAUGCUUAUUUCAGUGAGUGACCUAUCCGGUGCGCUGAACACUCAAAAUCUAAAUUUCAUAUCUAAAGAAGCAGCAUUUUAUACAUUGUUUUACUGUAAAAGGGUAAUUAAGUGAGCCAUGUGCUCAUCUCACACAUCUAUAAAAUACACACCACACCAGUUAAGUAGAAAAAUGCUUUUUAGAGACAAUUCUGCCUUUUUACUUGUUGGCACAUUUGGCAGAACUGGUCACAUCCAAGGCAUUUGUUUGAUUGUUGUGAACUCCGCUGGAAACACAAGCAGUCAAUGUCCAGUCGCAUGACCAACACUUUUCAUUCUGUAUUUUUGAACACCGUUGUGUUCCAGUUGACCAGGCCUUUGAAAAACCUCCACUGGUGCCUGAUGAGCCAACUAGACACCAAGGAACGGGAGAGGGGCGCAGUAAAGUACACCAUUGUACUUUAUUUUCUAAAUUGUACAGAAUCAAAACCAGUGUCUGAACAUCUGCUCCUUGUGGCUCCAUGGAGCCGCUGAAGAACAUUUUUAGCCGCACUCCGCUGUCGAACUGGAAGGGUUUGGAUCAGUCGCAAAAAGGAAACUUCACCAAUCCUGUAUGGACAGCUUUGUUUGAUUAUGAGGCGUCCGGCAAAGACGAGCUCACCCUCCACAAAGGUGACCUGGUGGAAGUCCUGUCGCUGGACUCUGAGAUAUCCGGUGACGAGGGCUGGUGGGCAGGCAAGGUCAACAACAAAGUCGGCAUCUUCCCUUCGAACUACGUCUCCAUCAAGCCCCCCCCAUAUGGGCAACUCCCGGGCACCGGGGUCGGGGUCGUCCGGGAGCUCGGUCCAGCCGUGGUGGGGGUUGGCGAGUUCGAACCCGAGGCGGUGGAUUUCAGGGAACUGAGCCUCGAGGAGGUCAUCGGUGUUGGCGGCUUCGGCAAGGUGUACCGCGGCACCUGGAGGGGCGGCUUGGUGGCGGUGAAGGCGGCCCGCCAGGACCCGGACGAGGAUAUCAGCGUGACGGCCCAGAACGUGCGCCAGGAGGCCCGUCUGUUCGCCAUGCUCACCCAUCCCAACAUCAUUGCCCUCAAAGGUGUCUGCCUGCAGGAGCCCAACUUGUGCCUCAUCAUGGAGUACGCGUCUGGCGGGCCGCUGAGCCGGGCGCUGGCCGGGCGCCGCAUACCCCCGCACGUCCUGGUCAACUGGGCGGUGCAGAUUGCCAGGGGCAUGCUCUACCUGCACACGGAGGCCAUCGUCCCCGUCAUCCACCGUGACCUCAAGUCCAACAACAUCCUCCUGGCCCAGCCUAUGGAGAAUGAUUGUAUGGAAGGGAUAACCCUGAAGAUCACAGACUUUGGCCUGGCAAGGGAGUGGCACAAGACCACCAAGAUGAGCACAGCGGGCACCUACGCCUGGAUGGCUCCGGAGGUCAUCAAGUCCUCCACCUUCUCCAAGGGUAGCGACGUCUGGAGCUAUGGGGUUCUGUUGUGGGAGUUGCUGACAGGAGAGGUUCCCUACAGGGGGAUUGACGGUCUGGCCGUGGCCUAUGGGGUGGCGGUCAACAAACUCACCCUCCCCAUCCCAUCCACCUGCCCCGAACCCUUCGCCCAGCUCAUGGAAGACUGCUGGGAUCAGGAGCCGCACCAACGGCCCAACUUCGCCUCCAUCUUGGUUCAGCUGAUGGCUCUGGAGAGGCAGGUGAUGGAGGAGAUGCCUCAGGACUCCUUUCAUUCCCUACAGGAAGACUGGAAACUGGAAAUCCAGGACAUGUUUGAUGAACUCAGGGCCAAGGAGAAGGAGCUACGUUGUCGGGAGGAGGAGCUGAAGCGCGCAGCCGUGGAGCAGAAGUCCCACGAAGAGUUCCUGAGGCAGAGGGAGCAGCAGCUGGCCCAGUGGGAGCAGGACGUGUUUGAGAGGGAGCUGAGUCUGCUCAUUCUGCACAUGAACAACCAGGAGAAGCCCAACGUCAAGAAGAGGAAGGGCACAUUCAAGAAACACAAGCUCAAGGGCAGCAAGAACGGAGAGAAGAUUAGCAUGCCCCAAGACUUCAUCCAUAAGAUCACAGUGCAGGCGUCUCCGGGGCUGGAAAAGAGGCGCAACUCUCCCGACCUGGGUUCUGGCACCUCUCCUUCCUUCGGCCCACGCUUCAGAGCAAUUCAGCUGAGCCCCAGUGAGAACAACAGGGCAUUUGGCCUGAGCUCUAUGUGGCCCAUGGAGUCCCCCCCCCACAACAAGCAGGCCAACGGUGACCGCCUGGGCCCCCACUGGAGGCCUCAGAGCCCAAAGAGCCCAAAGAGCCCCAAAGUUCUGCGCCUCAGCCCCCAGGAGAGCAGUCUUUCAAUGAGGGCCAAGCUCCUCGAGAUGGACAGCAAUGAAAACGGAGACUCCAAGGAUGACUUUGAGGAGUACAGACCCUCCUCACCACAGCCUACCCAAAACGGGUCCUCGGUGAAGGAGCCUCCGAGGCUGGCAAUACCUCAGGGGGACUCUGGCAGCGAGGAGUGCCUGGAUGGGGGUUCCCCGUCUGAAUCGCCGAGACCCGAGCAUCGCUCCUUGGGAAGCCUGCUGAGGAGUACCCACCGGGCCCUCCUGGGCGGAGGCUCCCUCCUGGCGUCGGUGGCUCUGGGUCGACACCUGGACAUCCCACAUGUCCCCCCCAGGGUGCCCCCUCGGACUAACCCCCCACCCCUGGACGACCCCCUCCGCCCCCAGCAGGAGGUCACCAUCACAGCCCCGAGAACCGCCUUGGUGUCAGACCCUCCGGUGGUGGAUGACCUUAUAACCUUCUCCAGCUCGGAGGCCCUCCAAGUGCCCCUCUUCGACUUCCCCUGCGCGCUGCACGCCCCCGAUGUGAGGCCCCUGCCCCUUACGCCACCUCCGCCUCACCCCCGGGAGAGGGCCUGCAACAGACGCCCACAGACUCCCCAGAGCCCCAAGAGUCCCAGAGCCCCGCGGAGCCCCCACAGCCCUCACCACCUGGGACCGGGAAAGGCGAGUGCAGGAGAGUGGGUGUGCCACAGGCACGCCCACAGCCCUCACACCGCCAAGAGUCCCCAGCCGCAGGAGAAUGCCAGCCCAGCUGAUUGGGCCCCACCCCCCAACCACACCAACGGGGAGUCGGUCUGUGGUUCCUGGAGCCCAGACAGGAGGAGGAGAUCCAGCCAUGGCCUGCUCUCAACCUCCCAACUAGGUCUGGACCUCCCACUGUGUCAGGACAGUCUGGAGUCUGAAGACAAGCCCUCAUCGGUUCCCUUCUCCCUGUUCCCUGACCCUCGCCUCUGGAGCCCCAAAACACGCCGCCUCGAGGUCAAUGUCAUCCCCCGCCCGCGCCCCUCUCCCAUUCGACCCCGUAUUGACCCCUGGAGCUUCGUCUCAGCAGGGGGCAGCGGAGGGUUCAGUGGCAACCGAAGCCCUCGGCGUUCAGAUGGCCACCCGUUGGGGUACCAACCCUCACCCACAAACCCCUUCACGAACUGUGACCCCUUCCCAUCAGCGGACUGCGACCCUUUCUCCCUGAGGGCCGACCCGUCGUCAGGGGUUACGACGGACACGCCUUCGCCCUUCGACCCGUUUUCGGCACCGUUCCCCAUCUCCCGUUCAGCGCCCUGCUCCACCAAUGGUUCCCCAACGCUGCCCACAUUCCGGGUGGCACCACUGAACCCAGCGGACUCGCCGUUAAUCGACCUGGGCUGGGCGGCGGCGUGUGGGGCUGGGGUUAAGCCCCUGGAGCUCACCAAAGAGAAAGUGAGGCCCAGGAGGACUCUGGGUCUCAAGCCCUUCAAGUCCCCCACACAGCUCAGAGACGAUCGCUUUUAAACUAAACCUCCAACAUCAAACCCAACCUCCCAAAUAGCCACAGCUCGCCAUUCUCUUUGUACAGGGUUUUGUGCAAGGGGUUGAGUCGUGGGAAUGUGGGCCCCCGCACCACUGAAAGGCUGGCGUACAGGCUGUGUGUACCCUGUGUUAGGAGUGACCACAUGGGGUCCAUGACUCUCUUGACCAACCCCCCUUGGCUUGUGUGGGUUUAGUGGGUUGCCCAGACAGUGUUUCCUCCAAUGAUGCCUUAAGAAGACAACCAGGAAGCAAAUUCUGCCAACUAUCCAGCCCUGUAACAAUAGACUGUGGGACUGUGGGAGUGAAGCCCUGGGCACAAUGAACCACUGUCUGAAGCCUGUUUUAUUCUCUUACUCCUAUUUCAUUGUGGCCAAUCCCCUGCCCCCCCCCCCCACCCC